CCCGGAAGUGACGACACAAACAGAGGAACAGAGAGGCCGGUAAAUGAAGAAAAAACACUCCAAAGUUCUAAAACGUACUGGAUCUUGUUUUUCACCUUUCAACGUUUCUUAAUGUGUCUUCUUGUGAGCGUCUGACUGGAAAGAGUCAAAUAUAGACUGCCCCAAGGGGAAGGGAGUGCCUUCUCGACGACCAGCAAAUCAAAGAGCGUGGUACUAGUUAACCCAACCGAGUGUGUGAAGAGCAGUGUGUGGCCAUCGUGAGUGAGCAGCUUUCCCUAUGUGUGUGACAAUGGGCGACAUCAGCGACUUGGACCGACAGAUUGAACAGCUCAGACGCUGUGAACUUAUUAAGGAAAACGAAGUGAAAGCGCUUUGUGCCAAAGCCAGAGAGAUUCUGGUUGAAGAAAGCAAUGUCCAGAGAGUUGACUCUCCUGUAACGGUCUGUGGCGAUAUACAUGGUCAGUUCUAUGACUUGAAGGAGCUUUUUAGAGUUGGUGGUGAUGUCCCAGAGACCAAUUAUCUCUUCAUGGGAGACUUUGUAGACAGGGGCUUCUACAGUGUGGAAACAUUCCUCCUUCUGCUCGCUCUUAAGGUGCGUUACCCAGACAGGAUAACUCUGAUUCGGGGAAAUCAUGAGUCCCGGCAAAUCACCCAGGUCUACGGAUUUUAUGAUGAGUGCCUCAGAAAAUACGGCUCUGUCACAGUAUGGAGAUACUGCACUGAGAUUUUUGACUACUUGUCCCUUUCUGCUAUCAUUGAUGGCAAGAUAUUUUGUGUGCAUGGUGGCUUAUCGCCUUCCAUCCAGACACUGGAUCAGAUCCGGACCAUUGACAGAAAACAGGAAGUGCCUCAUGAUGGGCCCAUGUGUGACCUGCUUUGGUCGGACCCAGAAGACACUACAGGAUGGGGUGUGAGUCCCAGAGGUGCCGGUUACCUGUUCGGUAGUGAUGUGGUGGCUCAGUUCAAUGCUGCCAAUGACAUUCACAUGAUUUGCCGAGCACAUCAGCUGGUCAUGGAAGGCUAUAAGUGGCACUUUAACGAAACAGUGCUCACUGUGUGGUCAGCACCCAACUACUGCUACAGAUGUGGUAACGUGGCUGCCAUUUUGGAGCUGGAUGAACAUUUACAACGAGAGUUCAUCAUAUUUGAAGCGGCGCCACAGGAAACAAGAGGAAUUCCAUCUAAGAAGCCAGUUGCAGACUAUUUCCUGUGAAGUCUUAGGAAUUAAUUUCACCAGUCGCCAUAUAACAUUUUGCUAGGGAAUUCAGAACUCCGUGCAGCUUGACUGAAAACCUGCAGAACCCUGACAAUGUCAAAACCAUCAGAUCAUGUUUCUUCUCUUUCUCACACUAUAAAUUCAACUCCUCACUCAUGUAAAUUUAUUUUCAAUAUAGCACGUAGGAGUAUUUUUCCUUUUUGAGAAAAAAAAAUGUAGGUUUCACAAUUUAUAAUGUGAUAUUUGGCGAGUUGGCCAAAGUGAGGCACUGUAUUUACUGUUCUUUUGUCAUUGGUUCUUUUUAAUCUAAUCUCUCUAGAUUUAUCCAUUUUGAUAUUGUCAGAAUAAAGCUUUUGUAUUUGUGUUUUUGCUAAAUAAAAGCCACUUGUGCUUAAUGUUAAAA